AAUAUAUCAUUCCUUCUGCUCCCACCUUCAUUUGACUAUACCAAUCGAGCCAAUUGGCAGACAGUCUCCCAACAAAUUCAGGAAUGGCUCACUACCAAAGUUGACACAGAAUCAUCACUGUGGACGUGGGGAUGUGAUGUUUUCUGGCUGGCAUUCGUCGGCGCCUAUCCGUCCUUCCCAACGGGCAAGUGGCCAAUGUGGGAUCCUCGUAUUCCACUGGAGGGAUCGUUCAUCGAACAGUGGUUAGAGCAUUCGAAUGAUAGUAGUGUUGAUGAGGAAGCUCUGGCCCAGGACAAUGUAGUGAGGUAUAUCUGGAAUGAAUUUUGUAAAAACACAGAGCUCUUCUAUCCCCUUCCCCUCAUUCCCUUGGCCUGA